AUGGAGAGCAGAGGUGUUCUUGUAGAUUGGGAUUGCUUCAGGAGAGUUUUCUUGGAGAAGUAUUUCCCGGACAGCGUUAGACACGCUAAGGAGGCAGAGUUCAUGAGACUACACCAGUGGAGCUUGUCUAUUUUUGAGUAUGCUAUGAGGUUUAAGCAUCUGACUCAUUUUUACUCUCAGGCCAUAUCUGAGGUUUGGAGAUGUAGAAAGUUUGUAGAGGGGUUAAGGCAUGAGCUGAAGAGAGUGAUAGUCCCUAUGUCUAUAAUGGAGUUUCUUGCCUUGGUUGAGAAGGCAAAGACUAUUGAGAGAUUGGAAGGUGGUGGUAGCAAUGACAAGGCUGCUAGAGUUCAGGAGGGAUCAUCUGGGUCCAGGAGGGGAGGCCAGCAGAGGGGACCCUAUGACAGGCCUGUUCAGUCUCAGAGGGGUGCUGUCAGUAGGGGACCUCGUUCUGCUACUCCUUAG